AUGGAAAUGCAAACAAUUAAAGUAAAAAGAUCAACAAAUGCCUCAGAUGAACAAAAAAAAUUAUUGCUGGAGUUUAUGAAAAAAAAUCCCAACUUGCUGGCUGCAAAAUUUUCCAACACAUUUUCGCAAAACGAUGCCCAGAAUAAAUGGCAAGGGAUUGCAAAUGUAUUAAAUAGUUGUGGUGAUGGGGCCAAUAAAAACUGGCGAGCUUGGCGAAAGACAUGGCAAGACAUACGAAGCAGGACAAAAGCCAAAAAUGGGCAAUUAAAAAAACAUGCGCAAGGUACAGGAGGUGGACCACCCAUAGAAAAGGCAAACCCCUUUGAACAAGAAGUGCUAGAAACAAUCACAGUAAUAUCACUGGCUGGACAACCGGACAUUGUGGAAUCAGAAGCAAAUUUUUGUUUUAAUGAAGAAGAAAACUUGACCGAUCACCAACUUAAACCAGAUGCAGUAGAUACGACUGAUACGAUAGAAGAAUUGGAACAACAACAACCAACAGUUGCUCCAAUAAAACUGGAAAAAAGCCCAAUUAAAAAUAAACCAAAAAAAAAAUUAGAAUACACUUCAGAGGCAGCAGAAAAUUAUCAACUGUCUUUAAAUGAAAAAAAUAAAAUAAAAUUAUUAUGAAAAAAAAAUUUCAUUGCUUGAGAGGUUGGUAGUUGCAAAAGAAAGAAGCACAGUUGCAAAAGAAAGAAGUGCAGUUGCCAAUGAACGCAUUGUAGCUGUAUUAGAAGAGAUGUCUAAUAAACUUGAUGAGUUUUUUUUAAAAGAUUUUAUUUGUAUUUUUUUAUAAGUUUGUUUAUUGGAGCAAUAUAAAAAGUUUGAUUGUU